CGUCGAGAGAGGCAGACACACGUACACACAGAGAGCCGGGGGGGGAGGGAGAGAGAAAAAAAAGAAAGAAAAAGAAAGACGGAGAUUAAGGACGGACAGAGAAAAAGAGACAGAGAAGCAUAAUACAUGCACACAGAGAGAAACAGACAGACGGGGAGAGGGACGGAGUGAGACAGGUAAAGUGAGAGUGUCAGAGAGAGUGAGUGUUUCAGAGAUUGUGUCAGAGACAGACAGGGAGUGAGAGAGGUGACAGGUUGUCAGAGACAGACAGGGAGUAAGGAGUGAGGCUACACUGGUCACUGAUGCCGCCACAGGUGAGUGAGGAUGUGGAGGUUCCUGCACUGCCCCAGGAUCACCCGAGUCUCCAGGAACAGCCUGUGUGGAUCUUCGGGUACGGCUCUCUCAUCUGGAAACCGGGAUUUCAAUUCACCUCCAGGAGGAUCGGUUUUAUCCGGGGAUACAGCAGGAGAUUCUGGCAGGGAGACUCCUAUCACCGUGGGAACCAGCAGGCACCUGGCCGUGUUGUCACAUUGCUGGAAGAUGCUAACGCUGACACAUGGGGGGUGGCCUAUCAGGUCCAGCAGGAGCAGCUCAGGCAUUCCCUGGAGUACCUGAACCAUCGGGAAGGCGUGCUGGGUGGAUACGUGUGCAAGAUGGUGACCUUUCACCCCCAGGGGUUGCAGGCCCGUGGCAGCAUCCUGGCGCUGGCUUACAUUGCCACCCCACAGAACCCACUGUACCUGGGCCCUGCCAAGACUGAGCACAUCGCAGGGCAGAUUCUCUGCUGCAGUGGCCACUCCGGCCACAACCUGGACUACCUGCUCAGACUGGCCCAGUUCAUGCGCUCUGCUUGCCCAGAGGUGGAGGACGAGCACCUGUUCUCCAUCGAAGCGGCCACUCUACGAUCGAGUCAGCCCCGGGUGAUCGGCAAGCUUAAGCCGUGCCCGGACGUGCCUUUACUGAGUUGGACAUGACACUCGCAGAGGGACGCAGGUGUGGUAACUGACCACCCAGAGGCCGUCCUGACUGUACUGAAGCCCAACACUGCUUCAGAAUACCAGCUUAACAUGGUACAAUCCCAAACCACUUCCAGCACCGUGCCAUCAGCUGGAGCUGCAUGUGUGGAAAGACUGGAUUUUAAACAAACAUUAUAACUCUGUUGGAGGGUGGGGCCGGUGCACUCGGGUGAGGUGUCUACUCUGUGUUCAAUCUUCAGGUUCUUAUCACCAACAAUAUCACUGUGUUACCUACAACUGUAUUUUUUUAAACAUAUUAUUUAUAAUCAAUAAAU